AUGAUCGGAGAGGGGCGCGAUGAGGCCGGCAGGCUUUACGUCGCUCCACUACUCGAUGACGACGAACGACUCGUCAACCCUGACAAUUCCGAGGAUUUCCCUCCUCCUGAUGUGGAAUCAGGCAGCGCUCUUCCUGUCUGGCUACAAGAAUCAUCCAAGUCCUUCCGCUGGGGCUGGGUGCCAUUGCCUGUGAGGAAGGUCGGUCGCGCAACCGCAAAUUGGGUCAAAGGCCCUGACCCUCCGCAUAUGCUAUUGUUAAAACCACUAUUUCCGCGCCUUCAGGAACUACCCGUUCAAUAUCUCGAUCGCUUCUUCUCAAAGCGCAAACAUAAGCUAUUCUUACUCUUACUACUUUAUACCUCUUGGUUCUUGCCCUGGUUUUUGGUUCUCUUACACUCCCGCUCCUCCGGUUAUAUUGAGGGAUAUGGCCAGCUCCAGACCCUUUCAUGUUCGACCAAUCUCUGGCAAUUUGAGAAUGGAUGUGGCCUCAAUGGAAAUGAUUGUCGUCCAUUUUCUUCGUCGACAAUGGCCUUUCGGUGUCCCGCCAACUGCCGCGAUGCUAAACUACUAGAACCUCAUAUCGUGGGCAAUCAGUCUUUCAACUACGAAGGACUUGUGAUUGGAGGCUCACUGCCACAUUCCUCUGAGUCCGCAAUUUAUCGGGCGGACAGCUUUGUUUGCCAAGCGGCUAUUCACUCGGGUAUCAUCUCGAACGAAGGUGGUUGCGGGGUUGUGAAACUUGAAGGCGCGGCACACUCUUUCCCGGCUGUCAAACAGAACGGGAUCCAGUCGAAGUCGUUCCCAUCAACCUUCCCGAAGGCAUUUAGCUUCCUUCAGCUUUCUUCAUCGAAAUCCAACUGCCCAGCCGAUCCUCGAUGGUCUCUGCUUGGUGUGACGGCUGCUGCCAUCGGCCUGCUUUGGCUUUUCUGUACUUCACCGCCGGUGCUUUUCUUCAGUACCUUCUUUAUUGUCUUUUCCCAUACCGGACUCGUCGCUGAUCCGCCAUCCUACCCCAACCUGGCCGACCUCGUUUCGACGCUACUGUCCCGCAUGCUGCCCGCAUCCUUUGUGGUUUACGUCUUAUACAAGUUCUGUGCGGCGCCUCUCCUGAAGCCGAUCACAUCUCCUAUCUAUCAGGUUGAAAAGCUACUCUUAUACCUCCCACCGCUUUUCAUCGGAGCUUUAAACAAUUACACCUUUGCUCGGUUGAUUCCACUCCAGCGUCUUACCCCAAUGGACAUCCAGCAGCAGCCCGGGGCAAAGCUAGCCUUGGCACUGGUAAUCCCGACGGUGAUUCUGAUCAUUCUCAGCCAAGCCUGGCAGAUUCGCCAAGGAGGCUUAUUGCCUCGUUAUCUUAAGAUCUACUGCAGUAUGGGUCUUAUCAUUCUCAUCCUCUUGCCGCUCCCUGGCUUGCGACUCCGUAUUCAUCACUAUAUUCUGGCUAUUUUGCUCAUGCCCGGCACUGCCUUCCCAACACGUCCCUCACUGAUCUACCAAGGUUUACUUCUUGGUCUGUUCAUCAACGGCAUUGCCCGCUGGGGAUUUGCUUCCAUAAUUGAGACACCUGCAGCCCUGGGAGAAGCCCCGGGCCGCAAUGGAGCCCAUGAUUGGUGGGGUUCUGCCUAUCCCAACAUCACUGAUUCCUCUGUACGGAUCUCCUUGCCUGGCGUAGGAUCCCACCACACCCAUCGUGGCAAUGGAAAUAUCACAUUUGGCUUAUGGGAGCCUGAGCGAAUGGUCGAACUUGAUGUUGAUGGCAUUUCAGUUCUUCUUAACGACGUGGAACGAUGGCGAGCCUAUGUAGACGAGGACAAGCGAGGCGAGUUCACCUGGCACCGCCACGGGCACGAUGGUCUGGAGCUACAACAGCCACCCGUCUUCGAACGCCGGAGUGUUGGAUCUGAAUUAGACUCUCAAUCUGUUCUCCUUGGUGGUGGCGAUUCCUUCGACGAACCCGAAGAUCUGUUCUUCAGGUUUGCGUUCCUGCGAGGCGCCGAAGCUGGACGGUAUGGACCCACUGGAGUCUGGCGAAGUGAUGGCACAUGGAAAUCCCCGACUCCAGCAUGA